AUGAAAAGUGGGAUUUACCUAGCAGCGCUUCUUUACCUGUUCAACUAUUUAGGAGCAGGGCACGGAAAAAAUGCAGAAGAAGACAUAAGUAAAAGCGAAGAGAAUGUAAACUUCUUUUCGCUGGAUUCUAAUUUAAAGAAUCAUAAAAAGUCGAAACAUAAUAGGGUGAAAAGAAGAAACACGAAACAUUCUAACUUUUUAAACCAAAAAUCGUAUGUUAAAGAAACAGAUAACGAAAGUGGGAAAGACGUCGAAGGAUCACGUCCGUCUCAUGAUUCAUCGUUUGUUAACUUAAAUGAUCAUGUCAAUGGAAAAUUUUCAUCAUACGGGGUUCAUGUAAAAGAAAGUACACCACAUAGUACUAUGCAAGGGAACAAGGAAAAGGAAAAAGAAAAUGAGAAAACGUAUGGUGUUGUAAAUUCUUUUGUACAAAGUCAAGAAGGGGAAAAAUCAGACGAUCUGAAGGAACCCCUCAAAUCUAUAGUUGGUAUAAGCGAGAAACUGAAGGAUGAUAGUAUGUAUGACCCAGUGUUUGACAUGGAGAUUGAUUUUGUUAACCUACAUUUUUUUAAUCUAAUUCGGGACCUGAUUCCAAAGGACCUUGAAUACCAUAAAUAUUAUGAGGAAACACUUAAACAGGAAGUUACGGAAAACACAAAUACGUUAAAAGAUUUAAUAUAUUCAUGCAUAUCUCAAAAAGAACAAAUGAUUAUAUUAGAACAUGAGAUUAAUGAUGCGAAGAGGAAUUCUAUAGAAACAGAAACGUUAGAUGAAAAGGAAACAGAAUUCUCAGAAACAUCUAGAGACUAUAAUCUUUAUAUAGAAUCGUAUAAGAGAAAUUUAAAACCCAAAAUAAAUGAUAUAAAAAAUAAGGCCUUUUCAGUUUUGAAGGAUUCCUACUGUAAGGAAAACUGUGGACAAUAUGUGCAAAACUAUAAUACAAUGCGCAAGAAUUUUAUGUCAAGUAAAGAAAAGUAUGAAAUAGAGACGUACAUAUACAUUCCGGAGAACAUUAACUAUUAUACAGUGACAGAUAAAUUGUUAUCAGCAGCUAAAGAACUCAAUGUAGACAUUCAAGAAACUGCUAAUUCGCUGAAAUUGUUAGGAGAAGAAAUCCAUGAAAUUUCCCAUUUGUAUAACAUUAACAAUACUUUAAUUAACGAUGCAACCAAAAAUUUAGAAUCCAUAAAUGAAGAGAAGGAAUCUACUGAAAUAGAUGCAAAAAAAUUUGAAGAUAAUUCCAAACUGCUAGCUAACAACUAUUGCAUUUUUGAAUACAUAAAAGAACUUAACGACCCAAUUAAAGAAAAAUAUGAAAGUAAAAUAAAAAAAUUUAAUGAACUAUUUUCUACCGUUAUAGACACUUUCGGAAAAAGUGCUACUCCGCUGCACAACUCGACAUUUGAUGAAAAUGAGAGCUAUAAAAUUAAAACAGAUUCAGAAAAAAUAAAAAAAGAGGCUGAAGAAGUAUACGAAAGAAAUGAAGAGAUAUACCACGAACUUCUAGGUGAUGAGGUUGAAACAACAGAUGAAAAGAUAUACGAUCUUCAGUAUAUUAUCGACCCAAUGAAAGGAUAUAAAGAUGAAAUAGUAAGCAGUUCGGAGUUCAUUUUUAAUAGGUAUAAAAAUACAUUUGAAAACUUAAAACAAUAUUAUGAAGAGAAAUUAAAUGAGCUAGAAAAUCGAGAAAACGACACAUUAAAAGUAGAUUUGUAUUUGAUGCAAAUAAGAAAUAUUAAAAGAGAGAAAUCCAAAAUAGAUGAAAGCACCAAAACAAUAAAAAAAUUUUACGAACAAAUAUUAGAAUCAAAAGGAAAAAUAUAUGAACUAAAAAUAGAGUUUGAAAAAAGUGUCGAAGAAAUAAAUCGAUUACGGGCUAGGAAAAUUGCGCGUGCUUUAAAUGAAGAAGAAAUCAAAGUUAUAUUAGAAAAGAUGACGAAAAAGGUGCAUUAUUUAAAAGAUCUUCUCUCCUUAAAAGGGAAAUCAAAUUUGUACUUCAACGAAAUGAAUGAAUUGCUCAACACAGCAUCGUAUGACAAUAUGGACGAGUUUAGCGCUAAGAAGGAGAAGGCGGACAAUGAUAUUAAUGCUCUAUAUAAUUCUGUGUACAGGGAUAACAUAAAUGAACUCAUCGGAGCAGUUGAAAAAUUUGUAGCCGAAAAUAAAGAAAACACUCAGGAGAUGCUUGACGAAGCAGUAGAACAGAAGCUACAGAAUGCCAAAGAAACUUUUGCUCAAUUAGAUUUUGUUAGCGAUGUCCAGCUGACAAAUGUGCACACCCAAAUGAGUGAAAAAGUGACUUUUGCUGAAGCGAUCAAAAAAGAAAUUGCGCAAAAACAAUUCGAAAAUGUUCAUAACAAAAUGAAAGAAUUUUCGGAUUCGUUUCCCACAAAAUUUGAUGCGUUGCAAAAGAAAAUGGAGCAAUAUAAUCAGGAGGGAGACGUGAUAGAAAAGCAUAAGAAAAAUAGAUCCGAAAAGGAGCAGGAAUAUUUUGAAAAGGUAAACGUAGAUGAAGAUCUGCCCGGGGAAGAAACAAAUGUGAAAGAAUACACUAAACAUAAGCAAAAUUUUUCCAGACAGAAAGGUGAAAUAUCCGCCGAAAUUACCCACAUGAGGGAAGUCAUAAAUAAAAUUGAGAGCCAGUUAAACUAUUAUGGUGUUAUUAAAAAUUAUUUUUCCCUCAUUGGAGAUCAAAAUGAAGUUUCAAAAGUUAUAGCUUUAAAGGAAUCAAUUAAUAUUGAUAGUUUGAGACACAAAAUAGACCAGUACGAGACAGACUUCAAAGGGAAAACCAGUGCAGUGGAAAAUAUCGAGUCAAAUAUUCAAAGUUUAAAUAGGGCAAUAGAUUCACUUAAAAGUUUAAAUGGUAGCAUAAACAACUGUAAUAAAUAUAAAGAAGAUAUUGCUCUUUUGAGAAGCAAAAUAAAAACUCUACGAGAAGAGGUACAAAAGGAAAUUACCCAAACGGGGGGCGAUCAAGUGGUGGGAGAAAAUACCACUGCGUUACUUUUAAAAAGUUUAAGGGACAAAAUGGGAAAGAUAAACGAAAAAUUGAACGAGGGUAAACUAAGCAGUUUAGACACUAAAAGAGAAGAUCUUCUGAAGUUUUACACAGAAUCGAAGUCGCAAAUUCAUUUGAACAAGGACCAAAACAGGUCACAAGAUUCGUUGAAUAAAAUUGACGAAUGGAAGGAAAUCGAAAAGGAAAUAGACGAACUAAAUGUUAAUUACGAUAUGAUAAGCAAAAAUAAAGUUACGCUAUUUAAAAACAACUCUGUUACUUAUGUAGAGGCAAUGCAUAACCAUAUAAACAACGUUGUUCAAAGCAUAACAAGCAAUAAGAAUGAAAUUUUGAAGUCUGUAAAAGCAAUAGAAGAUAAACUAAACCUCGUUGAACAGAAUGAAGAUUAUAAAGAGGUUAGAAAUACAGAAAAUGAUAAACAAAUAGAAGCCAUAAAGGGAUCCGUCAGCAAAAUCAAGGAACUGAUCAACAAACACGUCGGCGAAAUGACGAACCUGGAGAGCACAUCAAACAAUUUAAAGAUCGAUGCCAAGAAAAAGGAAAACGAACACAAUCUGGAAGAGCUAAAUAAGAUGAAGGGAAAAAUGACGGAUAUUUAUGAAAAUGUAAAAAAGAUAUCGGAAGAACUGAAGGAAGGAACAACAAACGAAUUGAAGGAAGCAAAGGAAAAAGUGAACAAUGUGGAAUUAGAAUUUGAGAAGAACGUUAUUGGGCGCAUUUUAGGACGGGUUACAGUAGAAAAGGAGAAAGCUCGAAAGGGUGUUGAAGAAAUGAAUUCUCUCAAAACUAAAAUUGAAGACUUGAUACAUAAAACAAGUGAUGAAUCACAAAAUAAAUUAGUCACAACGAGUAUUACAAAGCAUUUAGAGGAUGCAAAGAGGUAUGAGGAUCUAAUAAAACUAAAUGAAACAGAAUCAAUUCAGUUGAUGGAAAAAGCGAAAAAACAGAACACAUUCGAUGAAGUGAAAAAACUAGUUCAACAGGUUAACGUGAAUUUGCAAAAUGCUAUACAAGGCAAUGCUGAUAUAAGCGAAGAGCUGAAUAAACUUAAGGGCGUUAACGAUUUGUUGAUAUCAACGAAUUAUAGUAGCAUUUUAGAAUAUAUAAAGAAAAAUUCCAGCGAAUCUGUCCUUUUUAUUCAGCUAGCCAAUGAGAAAUUUACAAAAGCUGAAAGUGAACAGAAAAAUGUGACAGCCAAAUUUGAGGAGGCAAAGAUGCUAAAGGAACAAAUUGUCAAAGAUUUGGACUACAGUGACAUAGAUGAUAAGGUAAACAAAAUUGAGGAAAUCAAAAAAGAAAUUUUAAGGAUGAAAGAUAGUGCACUUACAUUUGGGGAAGAGUUAGAAAAGGAUAAAAAAAUAUGCUCUUCACAUUUGGAAAAUACUAAAGAGGGGAAGAAAAAAAUCGAGUAUUUAAAAAAUAAUGGGGAUGAAGAAAAAGCCAACAUAACGGAUAGCCAAAUGAAGGAGGUAGAUGACUAUGUUGUCAAAGCUGAGCAAGCCUUUAACGAAGUGGUAAAGGAGGUAGACAAAACUAAAGUCUUAUGUGAAUCCAUCGUAGAUUAUGCAACUAAUAUGGAAAGCCUGUUUAACGAAUCUUUAAUGAAAGAAAUGAAAGUGAAGUGUGAAAAAAAAUAUGAUGAGGCGGAGAAAAAAUUCAGCCAAAUUAAAACCAUAGAUGGCAGAAUUAAAGCGCAAGUGAGUGAGAAAGAAAGAAAAAUAGGAGAAUUGAAGGAAAAAUCCAAAAUUGAGAAAAAGGAAUUUACGAAGCUUAACGAUAUUUCCACGAAGUCGUUAUUAGAAAUAGAUAAUUUCAGAAAACAGCUUGAUACCGUUUUAUCAAACAUUGGAAGGGUGAAACAAAAUGCACAUCAAUAUUUUGAUGCGGCUGAUAAAUCAAUGAAGUCUGUUUUGUCUAUACGUAAAUUGGAUGCCGAAAAUUCCCUAGAUAAAGUAAAAGCGGUUAAGGAAAGUUAUGAGAAAAAUUUGGAAACCAUUCAAAAUGAAAUGAGUCGUAUCAAUAUGGAAGAAGAAAGUCUGACCGACAUAGAUAAAAAAAUAACUGACAUAGAAAAUGACUUGCUAAAAAUGAAGAAUAAAUAUGAAGAAGGGUUACUGCAAGGGAUUGAGGAAAAUGCGAAUAAGAGGAAAAGUAAUUUCGAAUUAGUAAGAAGCGAAAUAAACGCCUUGGUGGAUCCAAAGACAUCUAUUUUUAUUAAAUUAAAAUUAAAGGAAUAUGACAUGACCGGCGAUUUAAAAAACUACGGUGUUAAAAUGAAUGGCAUUCAUGAUAAAUUUACCAAAUCAUACAAUUUGAUAAAAAGCCAUUUGUCCAAAGCUACAGAUUAUUCUGUGACAAUUGAUAAGACCCAAAGUUUAAGGGAACAAGCAGAGAAAGAAGAUGAACAUCUUAAAAAAAUAGAGGAGGAAGCGAUAAGACUUCUGAAUGAUAUUAAAAAGGAGGAAUCGUCAAAACUGCUAAAAGAAAUGAUGAAAAAGGUGAGAACCGAAUAUGAAGGUAUGUCAAGUGAGUAUGCGAGCGUUAGUCAGGAUGUACAGUAUAUGAAGACAAUUGUUGAUGAGCUGAAAAUAUUGAAUAAUAUAAGCGAAUGUUCGAGUAAGCUAAACGAUGUAGUAAGUAUAGUUAAAAAGGUUAAGGAGUCGAAACAGGCCGACUAUAUGAGAGACGCGAAAAGCAUGUAUGAAAGUAUGGUAACUCUGGCAAAUUAUUUCUUAAGUGAUGAUGCUAAAAUUUCAUCAGUAAUGGAAUUCAAUGAGGAAAUGAAAUCUAAUUUUAAGACAGGCUUAGAGUCGGAGAUAUUUUCGGUAGUAUCAAAUUCGAAUGAACUUUUAAAAAAAAUUGAACAAGAUUCAAAUAAUGUAAUAAAAAAACAAAGAGAAAGUGAACAGCUAGCUAAUGAUGCUACUGAUUUUUAUAAUGUAAUAAAACUAAAAAAUGAAUUUAACGAAAGGCUGGAAGAAGUCAAGAACAAAGAAAAGGUCGUUCCGGAAAAGAUAAGGGAAGCAUUAAAUAGAUUGAAGCAAGUGGAAGGAAUAAAAUGCCAAUUUGAUAAUAUCCAUACGUUACUAGACAAUACAGAGGAGCUUGAAAAUUUAAACAAAAUGAUUACUAUCUAUCAUUAUAAGAAGAAGGACGCGCCGAAUGAAUCAAAGUUGCAAGAAAUGGAAAACGAUAUGAACAGGUAUAUUAACUCCAUAACACAGUUAGAAGGAAUAGUCUUAUCAGCCAUGGAAUCUAAAGAAGACAUUGCAAAAUUGGAAAGAUCCAAUGAAGAAAUGGGAACUAUUAGUGAAAAAAUAAGCACAAUAGAUUCAAAGGUUAUGGAAAUGAACUCAACUAUUGAUGAAUUGUACAAAUUGGGAAAAAAUUGUCAGUCCCACUGGAUUUCCCUAAUCAGCUAUACUGCGAAUAUGAAAACCUCCAAAAAAUUAAUGAUGAUUAAUAAACAAAAGGAGAACAUGGAAAAGUUUGUAGACUACAUUAAAACUAAGUCCUCCUCCACAGAUGAUUAUGUCGAAACAUUGAAAGGGGUUUACGAUAAUAAGCUUACAUUUAGCAACGCAUCCGAAAAUGUGCAAAAUGCAGAUACUUAUUCCCUGAAUUUCUCAAAACAUCAAAAGGAGUCUUUAAAAGCGAUAACGGAUAUAAAAAAUGAAUUAUAUUCAUUCCAUCAAAACAGUGAUAUUAGCGCUGUAGAAGGUAGCAUCCAAAAUAUUUUCGUACUUUAUGAUAAUCUGAAAAAGGAAAAAGAAGAAAUGGAUGAAGUGUACAAAAAUAUGAGUAAAACUAAGCUGAAGCAAAUAGAACACAGUUCUGAUGUGUUUAAGCCCGUCAUAGAAUUUCACAAACGCAUGAAUGAAGCGAAUAAUAAGUCUUUGCUGGAGACACAAAAGAAACUAAAAAGCAUGGAAGACAAUCUGAACGAUAAGGAGACUGACCUGAUUAAAAAUAGCCUUAAAUACACCCCAGAAAGUGAGCAAAAUAUUAACAACAUAUACGGCGCUAUUGAAGCUGAAGGAAAAACGUUGGAAGAAAUUGAUCGUGAAUAUAGCAAUAAAUACCAAAAUAUGGAAGAGUACAAGGAGCAAUUUUCCAUUUUAAUCGACAGAACGGAUACCCUAAUGAAUGACAUCGAAAAUUUCAAAAAGGAAAACAAUUACAAUUUAAUGGAAACAAAUACAGAAACGAUACAGGGAGUAAGCAAUUAUAUAGAAAAUAUCACCAAUAAGCUAGUAGAAACAAAAACAGAGUAUGAAAAGAUCCUGGAAAAUAUACAACAAAACGAUGAUAUGCUACAAAAUAUUGUUCUCAAAAAAAGAAGUAUUAUCGAACUCUUUGAAAACUUAAUGAAGAAAAAAGAAUCUAUAUUAAAUGAUUUAUAUGAAAAGGAAAGAUUGCACAAAAUAGGGGAAAAAUUAAAUGAGAUUAAGAAUAACGUGACAGAGAUAAUGAAUAUUUAUGAAAUUAAUGAAAAUAUGGAAAUGGUGUCUAAUAAACUUCUAGAGAAAAAAAGCAAAAUUGGGAAUCAUACUUCUAUUUAUGAGUUGGAGAUAGAAGCGAACGAAAUAAACAGUGAUGUUGAACAAAUAAAAGAUGAUGCUAAAAAACUUAAUAUUCUUUUAAGAGAUUCUAUUAAGAAGAGGGGAAAUAUGGAAGAGUUCUUCAAACAAAUGUCUUCAGAUAGAAAUCCCAAUGAAUAUAUAUCUGCAGAAAAGCUCAUGAAUGAAGCAGGUGAAAUAAUUCAAGAAUUACAAGCAAAGCUUCAAGGAAUAGAUCAACUAGUAAAGGAUAGUGAAGAAAUAUUAUCAGAAAUAAAUGAUAAAAAAAGUGCUAUAGAAAAGGAAAAGACAGCUAGGGCUUUGAGAACUAAUGAAAAUAAUAGAAAAGAAGAGGAAGAAAGGGCACAUGGAUUAGAAGAUGAGAAAACUCCAUCUCCCACGGAUCAAACUGAGAUGAGUGGCGCUACCCCUCUAGGGGAUGGCAGUACAAGAAGUGAUGAACAUGAUAUGCAUACAGAGAAUACCCAGGAUAGUACCUAUCAGGAAAAGUCAUAUUCCAUUGAUGAAGUAAGUAUUUUGAAUAAAAAGUUUAAUUUUAAUAAGGUCAAAUAUGCAGGAGCAUUCAUUUUACUGUUUACGAGCGGAGCUAUAGGAGCUAUUAUGUCAAGUAGAAAAGGUGACGAAGAGGAAGCUAAUAAUGGCGAGGAAGACGAUGAGGUGUUUGAAGUUAAUGAGAACAUGAACCCAGAAAACAAAGAAGAAGUCAUUGAUGUUUGUUUUGUUGAUUUUGAUUAUUAA